AGGUACACCUCUGUACAGAAGAAUAUACAGGUCAGAAGUCAGCCCAGCUACUGUUCUUAAGAAAGCUUCCGUUCUCAAUAUGAAGUCCUAGGUACCAUCGGCCGUGGGAGCAAUGCCAAGGUCAAGCUGGCUCACCACCGCCUCACGGGCACCCCUGUGGCUAUCAAAGUGCUUCUAAAGAAGAAGCAGUGGUGCGAGCUACUCACGUCCGAGGUAGAUAUACUGAUGAUGGCCAACCACCCCAACAUCGUCUCACUUCUCCAGGUGAUUGAGUCUGAGAAGAGAAUAUACCUCAUCAUGGAGCUGGUUGAGGGGCAGCAGCUUUACCAUUAUAUCCAAGAGUCUGGCCACCUCCAGGAGGACGAGGCCCGGGAAAUAUUCAGGCAAAUAAUAGCAGCUGUGAGCUACUGCCACAAACAGGGUAUAAUUCACAGGGACCUGAAACCAGACAAUAUCUUGUUGGACAGCAACGGAAAAGUCAAAAUCAUCGACUUUGGCCUCAGUACCCAAGUCAGACCAGGACAGAAGCUGAGCCGUCACUGUGGUGCUUACCCUUAUGGUGCACCGGAAUUCUUCCUUGGUAAACUUUAUGAUGGUUCCAAGACCGACAUGUGGUCCUUAGGAGUUGUCCUAUAUUUCAUGGUGGUUGGGACAGUCCCAUUUGAUGCUGUCACCAUACCAGAGCUGCAAAAGCAGGUUGUGUCGGGGAAGUAUGCUGUCCCCUCUGCUCUUUCAGAAGACCUCCAGGACCUGAUUAGCCUCUUAUUAACAGUCAAUCCCAAGCUUAGGCCAAGAGUCUCCAAAGUGAUGACCCACCCCUGGCUCAGAAAAGACAUGGAAGAGUUCCCUAACCACUGUAAAGAAAUGAUCCCCAGCUUGCCUGACAGUGCGAUUGUUGAAGCUAUGCAACAUAUUGGGUUCCAAGCCCAGGAUAUUAAAGAGUCAUUACAACAAAGGAAAUAUAAUCAGACCAUGGCAUGCUAUAGCUUACUGCAAGAGCAGGCUCAGCAAGGGCAUGGCUGCCCAGCCAGGGCUCGGCGCAUGAAUCCAGGGGUGACCCCAUUCCCUUCCCUUGAAGAUCCUGCUGCUUUCUCUCUGGCACCAAGGAGGAGGAGAAGUGAGCCCACCCUUAGCACCCUCUGGUCAUUCUCCAAUGAUCAGGUGUCUGCCUAUGGCCAGAAAGCUGGUCAAAGGGGAAGUAGGAGAGCCGCUGAGCCUGGCACUCAUCUCUUCAGGCCACUACAGGAGUCACCCAGUCUGGACCAAGUCCACCAACGUAGCAGGAGUGCCCCCUGCAUUUAUUUCACAAGCAGUGAGAGCACCGAAGACAAAAAAUGCUCCCCCAAUGCCUUGACAGAGGGCAAGUCUGUCCCCAGCCAGGGCCAAUACAGAGGCUUGAAGGGAUGGGCAAGGAGGAUAAGAAAUUCCGUGAUGAAACUAUGUUGCUGCUUUUCCUCGGGAAAGAAACCUCACCAAGAGCAGAACAGAGUCUACCCUCAGAAAUGA